AUGGGUGGAGAAGGAGGAGGAGGUUCUAAGACGACGUCGUCGUCAAGGUGGUGCAACGACAAUACGAAGGCUUACGUAGCCGUGUUAUUAAUACGGCUGAUCUACGCCGGAAUGUUUCUCCUCUCCAAGGCGGCGUUCGACGGCGGCUUCAACAGUUACAUCUUCGUCUUCUACCGGCAAGCCUUCGCCACCGUUGCCCUUGCUCCCCUUGCCUUCUUCCUUGAGUGGACGCACGCGCCGCCGCUUUCUCUCCCCACCUUCUGCAAGAUUUUCGUCCUCUCUCUCGGCGGGAUUACGUUGAGUUUGAACCUCAAUGGGGUGGGUUUAAGGUAUACUUCUGCCAAUUUGGGUGCUGCUUCCAGUAAUGCAGCUCCCGUCAUCACUUUCUUCGUGGCUCUUCUGUUGGGAAUGGAGACUUUAAAGGUGAGGACACGAACAGGAGUGGCAAAACUAGCAGGAAUAGUGAUAUGCUUGGGAGGAGUUGCAGCUCUUGCAUUCUACAAAGGCCCCCAUUUCAAGUUCUUUUGUUGUUUCUUGAUGCUCUUCUCCAACAUCGCCUUUGGCUCUUGGCUUGUCAUUCAGUUAAUCGUUAUGAAGAGCUACCCAUCAAAACUUAUGUUCACGACUCUGCAGUGCUUUCAGAGCUCGAUCCAAUCACUAGUGGUUGCAGUUGUUGCGGAGAGAGAUCUCGAAGAAUGGAAGCUUGGGUGGAACAUAAGACUUUUUGCUGUGGCUUAUUGUGGAGUUGUGGUGACUGGAGUGACAUAUUACUUGCAAGCAUGGGUUUUCGAGAAGAAAGAUCCAGUAUUUCUAGUAGUGCCAACUCCAUUGACAUUCAUCUUUACAAUGUUGUGUUCAGCAGUGCUAUGCGACUCCAUCGCCCUUGGAAGUAUUUUGGGUGGAGUGCUGUUGGCUGGAGGACUCUAUAGUGUUUUAUGGGCAAAAAUCAAAGAAGAGAAGAUGAUUAAGAUGGAGAUCAUUAAGAAGAAGAUUAUCCCAAAAGUGGAAGAACAAGACUGUUCAUCUGAGCUUAAACAAGUUGUUAAAAUUGUUGCCCAUAAUCAAGCCAAUGUCACUGUUUAA